AAGAAAUACGGCCGAUUGCGCUUCGUCACCCUCUUGUUUGUACUAGUCAAGUGCUUGCCACGAAGCCGAAGCUUUGAUUUUUCUGGGCAAGUGUCGUAUAUCUUGACAGCAAAUACCCAACGGAGAACGUAUUCGAUCGCAUCUCUGUUUUGUUCCCAAGACUCUUCCCUCUCCCUCCCCUUCUCUAGACUCUUCCCUCUCGCUCUCUCUCUCUCUCUCUCUCUCUAUAUAUAUAUAUAUAUAUAUAUAUUUACACAUGUAUUCGCGAAUAUGUAUAUCUGCAACUGUAAUCGGCCCAGCAUAUCAUCACCCUUGGAUUCGAAGAUGACAUCGCAUAGGUUCCAGUGCCCAGACUGAGUUGCAUUUCUUUUAUGAAAUUGAGGAAUAAAGCUAAUAAGCAAGUUUCAACUGCAAUGGGAGAAGAAGAUGGUGCGACAUACGUGAGAAUUAAUGAUGUAACUUCUCCUAGGGUCAAUAGCGCCAGGAAAGUCUCUGUUUUGCCCCUUGUUUUUCUCAUCUUCUAUGAGGUUUCAGGGGGACCAUUUGGGGUUGAGGACAGUGUUCAGGCAGCUGGCCCCCUUCUAGCCCUUGUCGGGUUCUUGGCAUUUCCGUUUAUAUGGAGUGUGCCAGAAGCCCUUAUAACUGCAGAGAUGGGAACCAUGUUCCCGGAGGACAGCGGCUAUGUGGUUUGGGUAUCAUCUGCAUUGGGUGACUUUUGGGGGUUUCAGCAGGGCUGGAUGAAAUGGCUUAGUGGCGUCAUUGAUAAUGCGCUAUACCCUGUAUUGUUUCUUGACUACUUAAAAUCAGCAAUCCCAGCAUUAGCUAGUGGUUUUCCUAGGGUGACAGCAACAUUGGCUUUGACUACAAUUCUCACUUAUAUGAAUUAUAGGGGUUUAACCAUUGUGGGGUGGGUCGCUGUUUUGCUAGGGGUUCUCUCACUCCUUCCUUUUGUUGUUAUGGGGUUUAUUGCCAUCCCAAAACUAAGGCCUUCACGAUGGUUUGCUGUGGAUCUACAGAGUGUUGACUGGAAUUUGUAUUUGAACACUCUAUUUUGGAAUUUGAAUUAUUGGGACUCAAUAAGCACACUUGCUGGAGAAGUGGAUAAUCCAAAGAGGACUCUACCAAAGGCUCUGUUUUUUGCCUUGAUCCUUGUUGUUUGUGGGUAUUUCUUUCCACUACUAAUUGGUACAGGAUCUAUUCCACUUGAUCGUGAUUUAUGGACUGAUGGGUAUUUCUCAGAUAUCGCUAAGAUGGUUGGUGGAGUAUGGUUGAGUUUUUGGAUUCAAGGGGCUGCUGCAAUGUCAAAUAUGGGGAUGUUUGUGGCUGAGAUGAGCAGUGAUUCUUUUCAACUUCUUGGCAUGGCAGAAAGAGGGAUGCUUCCUGAGUUCUUUGCCAAGAGAUCUCGUUAUGGAACUCCUCUUAUUGGGAUCUUAUUUUCAGCUUCUGGAGUAAUUUUGCUUUCAUGGCUGACCUUUCAAGAGAUUGUAGCUGCAGAAAACUUCCUAUAUUGUUUUGGAAUGAUUCUGGAGUUCAUAGCAUUUGUGAAGUUAAGAGUGAAGCACCCUGCAGCAUCUCGGCCUUAUAGGAUACCUGUGGGAACGGUUGGAUCCAUUUUAAUUUGCAUUCCUCCAACCUUAUUAAUUUGUGUUGUCUUGGCUAUUUCUUCCCUAAAGGUAAUGGCUAUAAGCCUCGUUGCUGUUGCAAUUGGACUAGUGAUGCAUCCUUGCCUCAAACGCGCCGAGAAAAGGAGAUGGCUUAAGUUCUCUGAAAGUUCUGAUCUUCCAGAUCUUGACGGCAGUGCAAAUGAGAACACCGAAUCCUUAAUCAAUUAAGACGUCCCAGCUAUGUGUGUAAAGAAAAUCAUAUUGGGAUUUUGCCAGGUGCAAACAUGGAAUAUUGCCUUUCAUCAAGCUUUUGGAGAGGUCCCGAUCAUCGGCGAGUGUUCUACUGUAGGUUUUGUAUAUCAUCAAGCUAUUUGCUUUUCUUUAGAUGCUCAUUAGCUUUUGUUGAGCAGUAGGUGCUUGCAAUCUUUGUUUUCACAAGGGUGUUCUGUUGGAACGACGGCUGAUUUAUGAAUAAACAACUGUUGGAUGUAUCAUGAAAUCAGUUUGAAUCUAAUUGCCUGCAA